AUGGGACCGCUCCUCCUCUCCAUCGCCCUGUGCGUGAGCGCCGCUGUCCCGCAGCAUGUGAUAGGGCCUUGCCACCCAAACCCUUGCCAUAACAGAGGGUCAUGUGAGAUCAGUGAGACCUACAGGGGCGACACCUUCAUUGGUUAUGUCUGCAAGUGUCCUCUUGGCUUCAGUGGAGUUCACUGCCAGCAUAAUAUAAAUGAAUGUGAAAGGGAACCAUGCAAGAAUGGGGGCCUUUGCACGGAUCUUGUUGCAAACUACUCCUGCGAAUGCCCUGGGGAGUACAUGGGAAGCAAUUGUCAGCACAAAUGCUCUGGACCACUGGGCAUGGAAGGCGGCAUAAUCUCCAACCAGCAGAUAACAGCCUCGUCCACCCACCGGGCUUUAUUUGGCUUGCAGAAGUGGUACCCGUACUUUGCACGCCUGAACAAGAAAGGUCUGGUGAACGCGUGGACUGCAGCUGAAAAUGACAGAUGGCCGUGGAUUCAGAUCAACCUGCAGAGGCGAAUGAGAGUCACGGGCCUAAUUACCCAGGGUGCCAAGCGAAUUGGCAGCCCAGAGUAUGUCAAGUCAUACAAAGUGGCUUACAGUGAUGAUGGAAAGACAUGGAGAACUUACAAAGUCAAGGGCAAAGAUGAGGACAUGAUUUUUAGAGGAAACGUCGAUAACAACGCUCCGUCAGCCAACUCCUUCACUCCACCUAUGGAAGCCCAGUUUGUGCGCAUUUAUCCCCAAGUGUGCAGAAGGCACUGUACACUUCGGAUGGAACUGCUUGGAUGUGAGGUAACAGGUUGCUCUGAACCAUUGGGGAUGAAGUCUGGUCACGUCCAGGACUACCAGGUUACGGCUUCUACCGUGUUUAGGACGCUCAACAUGGACAUGUUCACGUGGGAACCUGGAAAAGCCCGGUUGGAUAAGCAGGGCAAGGUGAAUGCUUGGACUGCAGGACGUAGUGACCAGUCACAGUGGCUGCAGGUGGACUUGCUGGUGCCGACCAAGAUCACCGGUAUAAUCACCCAGGGAGCUAAAGACUUUGGACACGUGCAAUUUGUCGGCUCGUACAAACUGGCUCACAGUAAUGAUGGCGAACGGUGGAAAGUAUACCAAGAUGAGAAGCAGGGAAAGGACAAG